AUGAGUUAUGGAAUACAUUAUUCAGGGCAUCCAGCUGUGCUUGAGGGAUAUUGUGAUUCGAACUGGAUCUCUGAAGCAGAUGAUCUCUACGCCACAACCGGGCGGUGUUGCGUCGACCAUGGAGAGGAGAUCGGCACGCCAGAGCGUACUGCCUUCUCCAUCAAUGCGCUGGUUGCCAACUUUGUUGGCGCCGCUUCCCCGAGGAGAUCCAUUGUCAUGCAUGGCUGGGUCAGGCCGCCGGCUGAUUGCGUCAAGUUGGACGUCGAUGCUUCUUUUGAUGCUGACACUCUAUGCGGGACAGUUGGUGCAGUCAUUCGUGAUCAUGUGGGCGACUUUAUCGCUGCCACUGCUUGGAAGCUUGAUGUGGUCCAAGACGUGCUCUCGAUGGAGGCUCAUGCCCUCCGGAUCGGGCUGGAACUAGCGGCGCUCACUGGUUGUCACCGCGUAGCGGUGUGCUCCGAUAAUAUGGAAGUUGUCCAAGCCAUGAAUGAAGAUGGACAGAACUACUCCACUGCGGCAGCUAUCUUUGAUGAUUGUUCUAGCUUGGCUGCCGACUUCGCGAAGAUCUCCUUCAGGCACUGCCCUCGGGAAGCAAACAUGGUGGCAAACGAAUUGGCGGCUUUGGCAAAAAAUACACCUCCUUCCUCGUGGUUCCGUUCUCCCCCUCCUUGCAUUGUACCUCUCUUGCUCAAAGAUGUAGAUCUUAUUGUUAAUGAAUAA